AUGACAGACUACCAACCCAACCACCCCCUCGAAACCCUCGGCCCCUUCCACCCCCCAAAAGUCGACCGUCAAGCCAUCAAACCCUCCAUCGCCCGCCGCAUCACCAUCAAAGUCACCGACCCCCUCAACCACGAAGCCUCCGCCAUCCUCCACGAACCUCGCAGCACCCCCGAAACCAACCGACCCCCCAGCGCCGUCGUCCUCGUCUCCGGUGCAGGAGGCGGCGUCUCCGGUCCAGCAGGAAUCUACCCAUCUCUCGCAGACAAAAUCGCCCUCCUCCUCUCCAUCCCCUGCAUAAGACUCGACUACCGCGAACCCGCACGCACACCCUACUGCGUCGCAGACAUGCAAGCCUCCUUCGACUAUCUCCGCGAUACCUUCGGCUCAACGCGCUUCGUCAUCGUGGGCUGGUCCUUCGGCGGAAGUCCCUGUUUCACCGUCGCAGCGCGCGAACCCACCCGCGUCGCGGGGGUCGCGACAGUCGCCUCGCAGACUGCCAGAACGGAAGGCGUGUUUGCGCUUAGUCCGCGGCCGUUGCUGCUGCUGCACGGUGAAGAGGACCAUGUCCUUGCACCGUCUUGUUCGAAGACGCUGUUUAAUCAGUAUGGGGGUGCGGGGGAUCGGGAGAUGAAGCUUUUUCCUGGUGAUGAUCAUGGAUUGACGAGGCAUGCGCCGCAGGUGGAGAGGAAGCUUUUUGGGUUUGUGAUUAAGUGUUUGGGGUUGAGUGAAGGGUUGGGGUAUGAUGUUUUGUGGCAGGCGGGACAGGAUUUGGUCGGGGAGAGGGAGGGGAGGGUACAGGAGAUGGAGAUGGGGAGGGAUCUUGAGGGAGGAGAGAGGUUGUUUUGA